CUAACCUACGACCAAAUGAAAAGCCUUCUUGUGAAUUAUUUAUAAUCAACAUAAACUUUUCCAGCUGAUUAAAAACAUUGGAAUGAAUGCUGAUAUGGAGACAGAUAGUAAAGAAAAUGAUAAAGAAGCAUAUUAUUCUUUAAAAGACUGUUUUCAUGAUAUUAUCAAAGGCAAAAGUUUAGAACUGGAUCUAAAAACUUUGGAAUACUUUUUAAGAAAUAACUUGGAGGUAUAUUAUUAUGAUGGUAUGAAUCCAAUGCUGAGAUCAAUCCUACCUUAUAUGUUGGUUGUUUUCAUGAAGUCAUGGCCUGGCUGGCAAAAGCUAAGUCGACUUAUCAAGAGGGAAAUUAGCUUUGAUGAUUGGUUUAGUAAAUUUGAAAGAUAUUUAAUAUACAAAAUCAAUUACACUGUAAAAACUGAAUUUGAUAAAGCUAUGUUGUUAAUAAAAAAUCUCCAGCCUAUAGAUGAUAGCAUAUUGUUCAAAAUUGAUAAUGCUACACAAACUGGAAAUGAAAAUACUAAGGAUGUUUCUCCAACAUUAAUACAAGUUGAAGGACCUGCAAAACUCCUGAACUCUAUAUUGUUUUGUGAGACAGGUGAAGGAGUGGUCUAAUCUGCAAUGGCAGGAGGUGGAGCAAUUACUAGAUGAACUUCUGUCAGAUAUUUCUCUUAUAAAUGUCAAUAACAGUAUAGCUACAAAUACCUCGGUUGUGUUCAACCUCAGCAUUAACGAAUAUGCCAGAAAUAGGAGUUUUAGAGGAAGGUAGGUACUCCAGAGUAUGCUCUCUUUCAAGAACCAGUAGUACAAGAAAUAUACUACUUAGGCCCAAGUGAGACUCAUGGUUUGUUCGUACAGUAGUCGGUAACUUGUCGG